AUGUGGAAAGCAAACAAAAGGGUUGAGAACAGUGAAGGUUAGUAGUAAAGGGCGUAUGUUUCACUCCGUUUUACCUACUGGAGUUUCAUGCAAACCGUUGAGUAUUGCCGUAUCACAGGGUUGUAGACUUGGAUCAGCAUAAAUAGUUUGUAUAGAAAAUAUACAAAACUUCAAAGCGAUAAAGAAGUAAACAAACUCUAAUUAAUUGUGGUUAAUAUUAAAACAAAAAUGUUUAAAAAAAUUGGCGCGAUAAUUCGUUUUUUUUUGAUAACUUUCUCUCCUUGACGGUCCUUUCCAUCCGAAUAGGACUGAAUUAAAUAAACUCGGCAUUUGGGUUGCAUUUCCCUGCCGAAUUAACAAUAUCCUGGGUAGCUUAUUUUUCGUGUGAGUGUAAUGACUAUUUCUCUUGUAGAUGGGAUUGAAUUGAAGGAUGUCAAGGUUCAGUCAAACUCCAGCAAAGGCAACCUAAAAGAUAUUGAGGACAAACUGGGACAGUUGGUUUGUGAAGUCGGGAAAUUACAAGAACAACUUGUUAAUAUUUCAUCUCAAGCAAAUGGGACUUUCUCACAGAGCACAACUCACAUGUAG